UCGUCAGCGCCGCCGACAGAUCGUCGCGGAGAAAGUAGCUUUGGGGUCGAAGGUGCUGGGCGUCCACGAGAUUGUCUGCGUUCGCUCCCAAGCGCAUCAGCAAUUCAGCAUGUCUCACCCGUCCCCCCAGACUAAGCCCUCCAACCCCAGUAACCCCCGAGUCUUCUUUGACGUGGACAUCGGAGGGGAGCGAGUUGGUCGAAUUGUCUUAGAAUUGUUUGCAGAUAUUGUACCGAAAACUGCAGAAAAUUUUCGUGCAUUGUGUACAGGAGAAAAAGGCAUUGGACCCACCACUGGGAAACCUCUCCAUUUCAAAGGAUGUCCUUUCCAUCGAAUUAUUAAGAAAUUUAUGAUUCAGGGUGGAGACUUCUCAAAUCAAAAUGGGACAGGCGGAGAAAGUAUUUAUGGUGAAAAAUUUGAAGAUGAAAAUUUCUAUUAUAAGCAUGACCAGGAAGGUUUAUUGAGCAUGGCAAACGCAGGCUCCAAUACAAAUGGUUCUCAGUUCUUUAUCACAACAGUUCCGACUCCUCAUUUGGAUGGGAAACAUGUGGUAUUUGGUCAAGUAAUUAAAGGAAUGGGUGUGGCAAGGAUACUGGAAAAUGUAGAAGUGAAAGGUGAAAAACCUGCCAAAUUGUGCGUUAUUGCAGAAUGCGGAGAAUUGAAGGAAGGGGAUGAUUGGGGCAUAUUCCCAAAAGAUGGCUCUGGUGACAGUCAUCCAGAUUUCCCUGAGGAUGCAGAUAUAGAUUUAAAAGAUGUAGAUAAAAUUUUACUAAUAACAGAAGACUUAAAAAAUAUUGGAAAUACUUUUUUCAAAUCCCAGAAUUGGGAGAUGGCCAUUAAAAAAUAUACAAAAGUUUUAAGAUACGUGGAAGGUUCAAAGGCUGUUACUGAGAAAGCAGACAGAUUGAAGCUGCAACCUAUAGCUUUAAGCUGCGUGCUGAAUAUUGGUGCUUGUAAACUGAAGAUGUCAAAUUGGCAGGGAGCAAUUGACAGUUGUUUGGAGGCUCUUGAAAUAGACCCAUCAAAUACGAAAGCAUUGUACCGUAGAGCCCAAGGAUGGCAAGGAUUAAAAGAAUACGAUCAAGCUUUGGCUGAUCUUAAGAAAGCUCAGGAGAUAGCACCAGAAGAUAAAGCUAUCCAGGCAGAAUUGCUGAAAGUCAAACAAAAGAUAAAGGCACAGAAAGAUAAAGAGAAGGCAGCAUAUGCAAAAAUGUUUGCCUAAUAAGGAAUUCAGUUUUACUUACAUAUGCAUUGAUUGUAUAAAGGCAAUAAGAAAAUUUAAAAGUUUCUGUCUGUUAUAGAUGAUCCCUGAUGUGUUUCCUUUGAUACUUCAGUUUCUCAUUGUUUACAGUUUAGGAAUACUGAAAAGGGUUCACUCUUAAUAAAACGGUGUUACAAAAUACA